AUACAAUUUCCGGUUCCGGUAAUUUGUUCUGUGCUGCCUUGUGCAUUUACUAGUAUAAACUCAAUAAAAUUCUAUUAAACUUUUGCAUUUGGUAAACAAUUUAGUGGAUUUGAAACAUCGAUGAUAGCGUAGUCAGUUACAACACAGCUUUAGUAUCUUACUGAAUCUAACAUGAACAAUGAAAAUGUUAACGAUUGGGAAAAUGAUGAAGAAUUACUAGGAGAUGAUGCAACUAAUAAUUUAAGGGAGGAAGAAAUCGAUGAGGAAGCUCUUCUCAGAUUGUCUGACGAAGAAGAAAAGAUUAAGGACGAUGCACCUGAUGAAGAUUUUGUGGUCGACGUCAACGCUCAAGAAGAAGAAGAGGUUCUAAAUUCCAAGAACUUUGAACCCGUCGGAAACGAGGAAAUUGACUCUACCAAUGCUUUAGACUUUGAACCAGAUGAAGAAGAAGUAUCUGUUACAAAGGGACGACAUAUGAAAGAAGACGAUGGCUCAGAUUAUGAUAGUGAUAAUAAACAAACAAGAGAACGUUUUCGUUCUGAGAGACAAAACGUGACCAAUGAAGUCAAAUCAAUAGAGAGUAUGCUGCCUCAGAACAAGAACAAGCCCAUUAAACAUUUCAUGCCCCGUACUAGGCAAUUUCGUCCUAAACACAGGCCGCCUGUGCCCAUGAGAAACAAACAACAUGCUCUUGACUUUUUGAUGGCACAAACAGCAGUUGCAGCGGCAGCCGCACCCCGAAGGUUUCCACCACCAUCUUCGAUGCAUAUUCUACCAAAUUUAAGUGCUCCCGCCCCCCCACUCAACAUGCCUAGUGGGCCAAGGAAAAUUUUAAUAAAUCCACACUUUAGAGGAGAAGCAAAUUCGGGUCAUCCGAAUAACAACUUUUCACCUUUCAAUAUGUCUUCUGGCCCACCACCACCACCCUUUCCUAGUCAUCCGCCACCUCCUUUCCCUCAUACUGGAAUGCUGCCUCCAUUUGAUGUUGUGCCAGGCCAACCACAGAUGCAAAAUUUUGGUCAAUUUCCCCCUGGACAAAAUUUUCCACCUCCGUCAACACAACCCUUUCCCCCUGGAUUCCCACGAAUGCCAUCUGCCUCAGCCAGUAAUUGGCCUCUGAAUAUCCCAUCAAAUUAUGAUCGGUCCAGAUAUAAUGAACCUAGGAGACGUCGCGUUUCUUCUUCAUCAAGUGACUCAGAUCAUCGUCAUAGCAGGCGCAGUAGGAGGAAAAGACGUUCUCGUCGAAGUUCAUCUGACUCUCGUUCACCUAUUCGUGGUCGUCGUUCAAUUAGCCGCAGCUGGUCCAGAAGCCCAAAAAGAAGGUCUCGUUCACCGUCCAUACGCAGAAAAGAGCCUAAGCAAAAAGUUAAAGAAUAUGUUGAUACAUCUAAACCUUUGUUGCAAGAAGUUGAUCCUGAGUUUGCUAAGAAGCUUGAAGAACAGAAGAAGCUUAGGGAGAAAGUGCUCCGUCAAAAGGAAUUACGUCGCCUGGAGAAAAUUCAACAAGCAGAAGAGAACGAAAAGAAAGACGUAUUUAAUGAAGAUAAAAACCGCUCACAAACACAUAAAACCAUUACUAAGACUGUCACAAAAUGCUAUCAGUCCAAAGAAGGUAGCAUUGUUAAAACCAAAAAAGUUUUUCAAACGACUGUUCCAGUUUCAAAAGAAAAAGAAGAUGACGAUAGUAAAAUAAUUGCUAAAAAGCGCAUUGUAAAAUUGCCAACCGUGCAACGAGGAGCAGCGGAUAGCUCAACGCAAUCCGAUAAUCUACAAAUAUCUUCAGAUAAUAAACGAAGAAUUGUUGUGGCAUCAAAUUCAUCAAAACAGCAGAAAACCUGCAAAGUGAUAGUGGAAGGUCUGUCAGAAGUCACUUCAAAACAACAAUUACACAAUCUAGCUACAUCAAUUGGAAAGGUAGACGACGUUAACGUAAUGUCAAAGGAGCGCAAGGCGAUUAUUACUUUCUCAAAUACAGCUGACGUAGCAAUGUUCGUCAGGAAAUAUAACAAGCAUAUGUUGGACCUCAGCCAUAUAAGCGUCGCUCCCUUUUACCAAUAAAUGACUGUUGAAACAUUUCUUUUUUUAUAAAUCAGGUAGGUCAAUUGUUUUUUUGUAUAUAAUUUUCAUGUAGUAUUUAUAGUAUUUUUUCUUGGUGUAAAAAAUAAAAAUCCUACACCUAAAAAAAUUAACUUUUUUUGUUAGUGUUUGUUACGUAACUGCAGGCAGCUACGGAUCCUUUUUUUAGUUGUUUUUUUUUUAAAUAAAAAACAAUUAAAUUAAUAAAAA